ACAACUUUCCUACCUCCGAGCAUUUCUUUACGCCAUGAAUACAAUUAACAAUUACAAACCCCAGAACGAAUGCAACGUGACAUAACUCCCAGCACUUUUGUGUUGGUCACAGAAGGCGUUUUUAGUGCUGAUUAUCAGUCACAAAUGUGUCGAGUAUCUGCUAGCCGUCCUGCUCUGUCAUCGACUCGUGAGGCUGUCUGUAGUUUUUACGUCCCCCGGCAGGUUUCACUUUUGAACGACGUCGAGGAAACCCCGGAACUACAAAGAAAGUGCUCCGUUUGGGCUGAACAUCACUUUAUGGGAUGGCCACCGCGCCGCAGCCUUCGCUUCACAUGAGAUCGACGGAUCUCAUUAAAAAAGAGCCGCUGGACUACGGAGGGUUCGGAGACGUUUACCUGUGCUACCAUGUCACCCUCGGCCAGGUGGUUCUAAAGACUAUAUACACUGGCCCUCUUCGUAACGAGGAGAGUAAACGGUCACUGCUGGAGGAAGGGAACAUUAUGGCGAGCUUGAACCAUGAGCGGGUGGUCAAGUUGCUGGGUGUGAUCAUGGAGGAUAGAGACUGCUCACUAGUCAUGGAACUCAUCCCCAGAGGCAACCUGCUGGUCAUGCUGGAGACGGUCUCUGUACCAACUUCCAUCAAGGGCAGAGUCAUUGUGGAGAUUUUGGAAGCGAUGGUGUACCUCACAGAGAGACACAUCAUACACAAGGACAUCAAGCCAGAAAACAUUUUAGUGGACAAGGACUUUCACAUUAAGAUUGCUGACCUUGGCCUGGCCACCUGCCGGGCAUGGAGUAGACUCACGAAGGAGGAGUCUCGCAGGAAGAGCCGUAAGGGGCGAUCGGCUGGAGCAAGGGGUGCCGGCACACUGAGCUACAUGGCCCCUGAGCACCUGGAGAGUAUACACACCCCCUCCACUGAGAAGUCUGACGUCUACAGCUUUGCAAUUGUGGUUUGGGUCAUCCUCACAGGGGGAGAGCCAUAUGCAAAUGCCAGGUGUGAAGACCACAUCUGCCAGUGUGUACGAAAUGGUGACCGACCGGCAGAGGACCUGAUUCCAGACGACACGCCUGCAGAGAUAAUUCAGCUGAUGAAGAGGUGCUGGGAGCACAAUCCGAAGCAACGGCCAACAUUUAAAGAGAGCUACGAAUUCUUCCUUCCUUUCUACAUGGAAAAACUUGAACCUCAUGUAGAGGAAGAUUUACUGGAGCUGAUGAAACUAUAUGAAGGCCCAGAUGACCUUGUUGAGAAGAUGAAAUCUUUAUCACUGACCCCUGAAUGUUAUUCAGCAGAUAACCCAGCUUCUUUGGUGAGUUCAGACAGAAGUGCAUCUGUGCCAGUUGAAGCCAGUAUUGAGGACCUGCAUGACAUCGACUAUGAGCCGUCUGGGGGGUCUGUCCAGACAGACGCAAGGGCAGUCAGCAUCCCUUCACCUUUGGAGGAGAAACUGGAUCGGGAGCUUCAGUACCACAAACAUGGUAGCUAUAACCAUGAGAACCAGCCUGACGGCGCCUACUGCCACCUACACAGUAACUCAAAUCCUUUCCUGCAAAACGUCACGUCAGAUCACAUCAUAAGGCAACCGGAACAGGACAGACCCUCUUAUAUAUCCUCUGUCCAUUCCUGGACCAAAGCUGAGGCAGUGCAGCCCACGAGCCAGGAGGAGGCUAGGUAUCAUACUCCUGACCUUUAUGAGUCCGUGAACUGUCCCACACCUAUUCCAUCACACUUGCCAAUGUCUGCCAGCACCUCGUGUCUACCACAGUUUAACCAGCAACAUCCACAGUCUCAUUACGGCCGCCAGCAGUCCUGGCCAACUUACCCAGUAUCUGAGACAUCUGCUCCUGAAGUCAGCCCUGGGCAUCUGCUGGCUCCUUCCAAGAGCAGCAUUCCACAAGAUCCAGCGUCCCUUUACAUUCAAAAUGCCAGUGGGAUCCAGAUUGGAAGCAACAACAUGAUGAGUAUUAGAGGCUACGACUCCUCACAUAGUUUAUUGUCUCAACCUGGUAACGGCUCGGCUUUCUCUCCCAUCAAAGAAGGCAUCAUGAAAUACGAGGACCACACUGUGACUGAGGAGCACCUGGAUCUGUUGAGGGAAAACAUCGGGAACAAAUGGAAGCAUUGUGGGCGGCGACUGGGCCUGACUAAUGUGGAAAUAGAGACCAUUGAGCAUGAUUAUCACCGCGAUGGCCUUCCGGAGAUGGUGUACCAGAUGCUGGAUCGUUGGAAAAUGAAGGAGGGAAGCAUCGGCUGCACAAUUGGGAAGCUGUGUCGAGCACUGGAUGGCCACAUCAAGGUAGACGUCAUCCAGAAAAUAUUGGACACCUGUGGUUUUUCCUCCCAGAUCUGAUGAACUUGGGCAGUUUUGCCUCAUCCUCUCUAAAUGACUUUUUCUGAGCUGUCUGUAAAAUUUAAAGGCUGCAAAACCAAAACAUCAUUUUGGUUUUAUGUGCUACCGGUUUGAGAUGUCAUCUCAAACAAGUGCACUACAAGUGACACUGAAUGUUUUCUGUGUUACUUGCAGUGUUCAAAACAGCAAAUGGAAAACUGAACCACUCAACCGAACUGUACCUUUCCAAGCAAGAUAUCACAGUUUCUCAUGAAAAAGCUUGCUGUCAACCAUUUCCAUGGGGAAAUUAGCUGGGAAAACUUCAUAAUCCGUACUGAACUGAAUGAUCGAUCUGUCUAUUAUUUUGACAUUUCAAUCUACCAAACCAAAUCUUUAAUGGCAAGUACAGAUGAAUAUGGUCAGUGUUCAGAUUCCUCUAUAGUGACGUGUAGCAUGUCAAAACAAGAAUUAUUUCAAAGGUAAUAUUUUGAAUACAAACAUGGUGAAGUAUUUGUUUUAUAAGAAACUGAUCUUAGUGUGAUGAUGUUUGGGUAAAGAGUACAUUGAUACUGUAGCUUUAACUGAAUAACAGAUUCCUAUUCGGGGACAAAUCAAAUCAAAUGGUGGGUUGUAAACAUUUAUCACAGCUGUGGACGACUAGGUUGGUUAUAUGUAAUUCAUGUGAAUUAAGAUUUUCAUUUACAACCUUUAUUGCAGCACAACACAAACAUUAUGACUUCAAACACAGAUAAGGUAAGGUCAAUAAUGGACAUAAACCUCUGUGUAGUUUUAAAUCAAUGUGCAUUAUUGCUGUGAUUCAUGUGUCCAAUAGGGGUCAGCAGAUAAUAUGCUCACGAGUAAAUCAAACUCUGUAUCCGUUAAUUUUGGACCUGGUGGUGUAGAUGACGGGCUUUCAUUGUCUGUAAAUACAACAAAGUGCAUGAGUUAUUGCUACAUAGCCACUUGUGUUCAGUAUAGAGUAUUCUCUCUAAUGAUGAGCUGCUGUGCUGUACUGGAUCGAGCAUUUUUGGAUUACAGGUUACUUUUUUUACCAAUCUGAAGAUCACGUUGUCCUGGCAAAAUGUUUAUGUGUGAUUAUAUUUCAUUACAAAAUUAAUUGUAUGUAUGUGUUCUGGGUCUCACAUGUGGAAUGUAUUUCUCUUUAUACAAUAUAAGACUGAUAUGCCUGCAUCAAAAAAAAAAAAAAAAAAAAACUUU